AUGGCUACAAUCAAAGCAUCAGAUGAUAGUGGUGGGGCUAUUACAGAAAAACAGGGACAAUUCGCCUUUCUUCCAGAACGAACAUGUGCGAUUUGUUAUCAUGAUCAGAAUCCGACAUCGACCUCGGAAGCUGAUAUUCUUGAAAAGCUCGAAGCUGAAGAGGGCGAAGGCUGGACCUGUCUGCGUUGUGGUGAGAUUGUGAAGCAGUGUAAACCUUGGAACGGCGACGUUCUUGAAGAGGCACCACGAUCAAGUUCGAACGGCAAGGUAGUGGGAUUUGUGGUGGCAGAGGACAAGGAGGAGCGGGAGAAACAUAUCUCUGAAGAUGAGACAACAAUUGAUAAUGAUGAACUGGAGGAGGAUAAAUUGAGCGACAUGGUCGCUAACGACACGUUUGAAAGUUCCAGGACGUGGUCAACGAUUGACAGAGAAACAUUAGGAGACGUACCCGAAUCGGGCUGA